UCCCCAUCUCUUGUGCUCGGGCAUGUUACUGUCGCCAGUGAGGUCUUUACCGAGGCACAGUCUUUUGCUGAUUGCAAAUUACACAUCCGAACCCGUCUGUUAGCUUCGGCUUUCAGCAAUUUUUGCAAACCCCUUUGCCGUGACGCUUCUGUUGGUGAAAACGGAGCAGAGCGAAUUUCAGAAGAUCUUGUAACGAUUUGCAAGUAGUUGCCCACGUAUAUAGUCUGUCCAUGGAACAUUUUGUACAUGAAUUCAAUUGGCAAACUGCACGGCUUUCAUUAAUCCCUUUAUUGUUCUGUUUUUCAAUUCAUGGUGGUAACUUUCAAAUUUUAAUUUGUCUUGACAUCACUAUUGGUAUAAUGAUAUGGGCAAUGCAUGAU